CUUUCUGUCAGUCACUCUUGCAUAAAAUCGAUUCGAAACAGCUCUAAAUUAUAAUCACAAAAGAAGCUGAAACUUUGAUUAAGUAAUGAGGGAGCAAAUUUCAAAUACUGGAGAUUCUACCGUUGUUGUUAUUAACAAGGCUAAACUAAAUGAAAUUAUUGCAAAUGGCUCAUUAGAGUUUGAUGAAUGGACUUCACUUAUAUCAGAGGUUGAAAAAAGUUAUCCUGACAGCAUAGAGGAUAUACGCUUAGUGUAUGACUCGUUCUUGUCCGAGUUUCCUCUGUGUUAUGGUUAUUGGAGGAAGUAUGUUAAUCACAACAUUCGUUUGUCCACCAUUGAUAAGGUGGUUCAAGUCUUUGAACGAGCUGUGUUAUCGGCAACAUAUUCUGUUGAUUUGUGGGUUGACUACUGCGAUUUCGGGACACUUUCUUUUGAGGAUCCGUCUGACGUUCGGAGAUUAUUCAAAAGAGCCUUAUCUUUUGUGGGAAAGGAUUACUUAUGCCAUGCCUUGUGGGAUAAAUACAUUGAGUUUGAGUUCUCUCUGAAACAUUGGAGUUCUCUUGCUCAUAUUUACAUCCAAACACUAAGGUUUCCGACCAAAAAGUUGCAUCACUAUUAUGAUAGUUUUAAGAAGUUGGUGGAAGUUUGGGAGACAGAAAUGGAAUCUUGUAGCAAUUGUAGUUUGACAGAGUUAGUGGAGCUUAUGCCUGAUACUGAAGCUUCUAUACAUUAUAACCAUGAUGACAUCAUUUGCAUUAUUAAAAAGCUUCUGGAUCCAUCCAUUGGCUCAGCAAGGUCUAAAGUGCUGCAAAAUUAUAAAGCUAUCGGAGAAUUGUUCUUUCAAGAAGCUUCUAAGUUGAAUGAAAAGAUAAGUUACUUUGAGACUCGUAUUAAGAGGCCCUAUUUCCAUGUCAAGCCACUCAAUGCAAGUCAGUUGGAAAAUUGGAACUGCUAUCUGAACUUUGCUGAGUUGCAUGGAGAUUUUGACUGGGCUGUCAAACUUUAUGAAAGAUGCUUAAUUCCUUGUGCUAAUUAUCCUGAGUUUUGGAUGCGUUAUGUGGAGUUCAUGGAAAGUAAGGGAGGAAGAGAGAUUGCGAACCUCGCAUUGGAUCGAGCAACCCAAAUCUUUCUAAAGAGGGUGUCAGUGAUUCAUCUGUUCAAUGCCAGGUUUAAGGAGCACAUAGGAGAUGUGUCUAAUGCACAUGCUUCCUUUCUUCGAUGCAGUAAAGAAUCAGAUCUGGACUUUGUUGAGAAUGUCGUAAUUAGAUCUAACAUGGAAAAACGUCUAGGAAAUUUCAUAGCGGCUUCUACUAUAUACAAAGAAGCAAUAGAAAUGGCUGCAAAGAUGGAAAAAUGGCAUAUACUUUCUAUUCUGUAUGUUCACUUUUCUCGACUUAAAUACAUGACUACUGAUAGUGAAGAUACUGCCAGAGACAUCUUGAUAGAUGGAAUCAAGCAUGUGCCUCACUGCAAAUUACUUAUAGAGGAGUUAAUAAAAUUUGCAACAACUCAUGGAGGGUCAAGGCAUAUGAAUGUGAUAGAUACCAUUGUUGCGAAUGCAAUAUCUCCAGGGACAAGUGUAUCUCAAGGUUUGAGUGCAAAAGAUGGAGAGGACAUAUCAAGACUAUACCUAGAGUUUGUUGACCUUUGUGGAACUGUGAAUGAUGUGAGAAAGGCAUGGCAUCGGCAUGUUAAAUUGUUUCCAUCUACUGCAAGGACUGCUUUGUUUCAUCCAGCUAUGGGAACUACACAAUGGAAAAUAGAUAUGGAAGAAGAAGAAACCCUCGUGAAUCUGCCUCAUCAGCUUUCUGGAGAUUCUAGUUCUCACUGCCUGAUUCAGUCAUCACUGGAAGAAAAGAAACUAUCCUCCCCACAAAUAAAUGAUACUCAGGUUGCUCAUCCUGCCACUGACCAAAAAUUACCAUUAUUAACAAAUCAUGAUAUGUUACCUAACCGGGCAGCAGUCCAAGAAUCACCAUUGUCAGAAAAUCACCGGGAGCAUUCUGACCAGGAGAAUGUUGAUGUGCUUCAAUCAGGAGAAUCUGACAACAUUAUACACGAGGUUGUUUGUCCGGUGCCUCUCAAAGUUUCAGAGCCAUCUGGAGAUGUUAUCAAACCAAAAUGUCAAGGUGCUAAUCGAACUGAAAAUAUGCCAGCUUCAUUGGAAUUCUCUAAAGAACAUGAUGUUGAGAAAGAGUUCGGCCAGGAGUCUGAACAGGAUUUGAAGCCACCUUCACUGGAGAGACUAUCCUUAGAUCCCCAGGAUUCCAAAUCUCCCAGCCCAAUCAGCCCCGUUUCUGAUGAUUAUGGAGCUCCUAGAAAUACCAGUUUGUCAGAUGAAGGUUUGCAGAAAAGUGAAUUAGCUCAGAGACAUAGCACGUCAAAUGAAACUAUGCUAGAGACUAGCCAGAAUGUUAAACUUGAUCCUAGUAUAUCCAGCAUAGUGAGCAUUCCAGCAACGGUCUCUGCUGAAGCUAAUCAUGGGUAUGCGAGUCCUUCAUCUUCAGCAAGUAAUCAGAAUGUGAUGGCACAAGCAUUUCCACAGCCACAGAAUCUAGCCAAUAUUGGUAGAAACUGGCAUCAAAAGAGUAAUUCUGACAGAUUUCGUAGAGACUCCAAAUUCAGGUUUCGUGGGCAUUCACAUAAAAGGCUGUAUAAACAGCGGCAGACUUCUCCUCAACGUACAUACCAACGAACUGAAAAUGGCUCUCAAAUGCCCAUGAAUCAAGAUUACCAAUCUCAAUGUCAGUCUUCACAGAAUCCACAAGUUAAGCAAGGUGGUCAAGUUCAAAGUCAGUAUCCAGCUUCUACUGUUCAUACUAAUCUAACAGUAUCUCAAGGUUGGUCAAUGCAUAAUCUGCAACAGCAGAAUCUCCCCCCUGCAUGUCAAUCCCAACCAGCUGUACAACCUGUCUUGUAUCCUCAACCACAGAUGUCUCAAAAUCCUAUACAAAACAAUGAGCAACAAGGGGUCUUGCAAAAUAACCAAUCACAUAAUCAGAUGUGGCAACAUUAUUAUUACCAGCAACAGCAACAGCAGAUUCUAUGGCAACAGCAGCAGCUUCUGCAACAUCAACAACCACAACAGCAACAACAGCUUUUGCAACAACAAUAUCAGCACCAGUUGCUGCAAAUGCAAUAUCUUCAACAACAGCAAGGACCACAAUUGCAACAGCAGCAAUUACCCUAUCAACAGCAGCAGCUGCAACAGCUUCAGCAACAACAAGAAGGACAACUGCAACAGCAACCGCAACAACUACUACAGCAGCAAUCGUAUCAGCAACAGCAUCUAGUUAACAUACAGCAACAGCAACAGCUGGGACUGCAACAGCCACAGCAUCAACAGUUGCAAUUGCAACUGCAGCAACAACACUAUCAACAACUACAAACACCAUCAAUGCAACAGCGCCAACAUGAACAAGAACAAGGACAGCCCAAGCAUCAAAUGAACAUUUCACAGGUUCAGGACUGAGUUGCACUUCCGCGAUACUGGUGAAUCCGGAAUUAUUGAAUCGUCUGCAUCUCCAUUCUUCAAAUCUCUCCAAAACUUGAUUUUGACACAUACUCAACCCCGUGCUAGAAGGUACCUUUGCUAAUACAGAAGAGAGGAUCCAUUAAUUAAUAUCUAAUUUGAUCAAAAGAUAGGCAAUGCUAGUAGUUUGUUAUAUCAUUACUUAAAGACCUGGAGAGCUAUAAUUAUACUGUGGAUGUUAGAAGAGUGCUAGAUCUGGGAGUAUAAAUUUCUUAACUUGUUAUAUACUCAUUGUAUAAAUUUCUUGCACAAUCAAUGUUAUAAAUUUUUAUGGCUGUGUUAGCAA